AUGCGUAAGGGGCCCCUUAGCUUCUCUUCGGGGUCUCCAGCUUUCAUAGGAAGGCAGUCGCUGACGGUACACCGCAGCAUUUCCGGAUGCAACGCCACAACGCCACCUCACUUUCGGCCCUUUUCCUCGUCUCCCACUGCUGCUGAGACUUGUAUUCCUACUGCAAGCACCGACCCCCGCCCAGGCCUGUUGCAGCUACCGGGAGUACAUACACCUGAGCAGCUCCUGCAGCUGGCGCGUGUUUGCGUUAGGGAUUGUGAGGCACUGCUGGAGAGCGAGGAAAGGCGCGCCGAAGAAACCACACAGGAAUCCACUAGGCGCUCCAUUCAUGCGCUUGAUGCUGUCAGCAACGCUUUGUGCAAAGUUGCGGAUGCCGCGGAGCUCAUCAGGAGCGUCCAUCCAUCUGCCGAAUGGCAGAAGGCGGGGGCCCAGGUUGUACAGGAAGUGCAGCAGUUUAUGAGCAUCGCAAACUUCAGCGAUUCCAUAUACAAGCGCUUGCGAGGGGGCGACCACGAAGUCUCCGGCGGAGAGGCAGAGCGGUGAGCUAGAGAGAAACGGCAUUCCUCACGUCCUUCUGGACCUGUGUGUUUGAUCGGACGUGCUGCAGAUGGCGCCCUUCAAAAGGAGGAAGCGGUGGUUCUACGAUGCAUGCGAGAGGCGAUGGAGCAGCAGGGCAUACACUUGAGCCCUCAAGAAAAGCAGUCAGACCAAAAGUUCCUUCGUCUCUUAGCACUGAGACAAGAAAUCGCCAAAAGCCGCGGGUUUCCUUCCUGGGCUGCAUUCGCUCCGAGGGAAGGCGUUUUACGGACCCCCGAAGCGGUAUCAACAUUCCUUGAGCGUGUUGAAUUUGCGUUGAAGCCGCAGCUCGAUUCGGAACUUAUUACGCUGAAGGCACUGGCAGAGGGGCUGCCGGAAGCGUUUGGCGUUCAGCUACCGCUGCAACCAUGGGAUAUUCCGUUUCUAAUGGAGUGGUAUACUGAGCCCCGACGCCUCCCUCUGGAGACUGUGUGGCGCAAGGCAACGGAAAUCGUGGAGAGCCUCACAGGGUUCUCUAUGGUCCCUAAAUGCCCAUCACCCGGCGAAACAUGGCACUGGAGUGUUCUGAAGUUUGAGUUACGGCCAUCACGGGGCCCCUUAGGGCCCCCGCGAGGCGACCUAUACGUUGAUUUGUGGGCUCGGAAGGACAAGACAAGGCUUUUGGCGCAAUUCACUGUUAGGGGGUCCAAGCAAAUGGACUAUCCUUUAAAGCAGGGUUGGAAUCUGGGGGGCCCCUUGAUGCGCACCUGCGUCACCGAGGAUGCGGAAGGCCACCUAAGGCAAAUUCCGUGCUGCGCAUUGGUCUCUAAUUUUGCUCCGCCUCCACGCAUUUACAGCUCAAGUACUGGUGGGUUUCUAGAUGACUCCCUGACACUUCUACGUGAAUUCCUGGUGACUGAAGAAGAAAGCGUCCAUCUUCUCCACGAGUUGGGCCACGCUGUGCAUGGACUCUUAUCCCAAACCCAAAUGCAGCAUCUUGCAGGCACGCGAGGAGCAGUUGACUUUGCCGAGUUUCCUUCCCAUUUAUUCGAACUCUUCGCCCCCAGGAUCUUCAGACCAGAUGGCGCCCCUCAAGAUAAUCCUCGAUUGUUUCAAGGCUUCCAAAUGGCUCACCAGCUCCAACUGGCUCUCCUUGAUCGCGUUCAAGCAUUAGAAAGUGCCGUUUGUGUGCAGGCAUUUUAUAGUUACAUCCCACAGCGGGGCUUGUUGGAUCCUAUGGGCUGUCUGAACCCAUCAGACGCAAAUGAAGAAGUUAAGCGCCUCGCUGCGUUUUUAGAUGCUUCGUUUAACGAAAGGGAAGUCCUGGGGAAAAUGGUAGAUGGGUACAUGGGAGCGCCCUUUUGGAAACUCAUUGGCAGGCCCCCUCUGAGGGCUUUUGAGCACCUGGUCCACUAUGGAGCGAACUACUUUUGCUACCUUUUCUGUCGGUGUACGUCGAGUUAUGUGUGGCACAUGGGACUGGACAAGGCGGGAGGGACCACUGGGGACACCUCUCGCUUGCUGCGUUUGUUGGAGCGCGGUUCUAUCGACUGCUGUGCUGGGCCCCUGUUGGAGCUUUUAAAAGGGCAGGAGGAUGCAGAGAAGUUGCAAGAGCUCUCUGAGCACCCGGAGAGAAUACCUUUGGAGUAUCUACUUCAGACGAAUCCUAAUCAGAGCAAUGAGCAACUUGGCCAAUCGGUAGCGCGCUCAUCAUUGACUACCGUUACACCUUGGCACCUGGGUCGGUGUGCUGAACUGAACUACGUGUCAACUGAUGAUUUGUUCACCCUUCGGAUAAUUACUAGUCACUUCCGUGACCUCCCAAUAGCGGAACCAUACAGACCUGCCAUCCUGUUUCUCGGUGGAAUACAGCCGUAUGUAAGUCAAGCACGGCCAGCCAAGAUGCAGGCCAAUACAUUUAAACUCAGCGUGUCGACGUAUGCGCAGGUGUGUCUCUGUCUAAUUUCCAGCCUCUUACAAAUUUUGCAACCUAACGGCAAUAGCACUUUGAUAUGCCCUCUCCCUGUGAAGUGGCAAUGCCAUUGA